AUGGAGCAUCGACGCCUUGUCCACGGAGCAGCGCCUCCGUUGACCGCGGUGGAGAGAUUCUUAUACGGUCAAAAGAAUGAUACCUUGUGUCCCAAGAAACAAGAUUGUUCUAGAGACCGACACCCACCGAUCAUGAUGAAGACAAAGGCGAUUGAGAUCAAAAGUGACAACAAAGAGAAUCUUACCUUUGGUCCAAGGACGGAGAAACAAUUGGUCGUAAAAGAUGCAACCAGAGAUUCUCAAAACCCUACGAAGAAGCGACCAUGCAAGAAUCUUAUCAAAGGGCAAUGGACGGCUGAAGAAGACAGGAAGUUGAUAAGGUUAGUGAGGCAAUUUGGAGAGAGGAAAUGGGCAUUGAUCUCGGAAACACUUGAGGGAAGAGCAGGCAAACAAUGUCGUGAGAGAUGGCAUAAUCAUCUUCGUCCUGAUAUCAAGAAAGAUGGAUGGAGUGAAGAAGAAGAAAGGGUUCUUGUAGAAGAACACAAAAAAAUUGGUAACAAGUGGGCAGAGAUCGCUAAACUCAUACAAGGACGCACCGAGAACUCUAUCAAGAAUCAUUGGAACGCGACUAAAAGACGCCAAAACUCAAAACGCAAACAAAAACGUCGUCAAGCAAACGCGGAUAGCGACGGUAGCGAUCUCUCUCCAGCAGCUAAAAGGCCAUGCAUUCUCCAAGACUACAUCAGAAGCAUCGACAAUAAUGUCAACAACAAAGACAAUGAAGAUAAUGUGAACUCCAUCAAGGUACUUUCUACACCGAAUCUUGAUCAGACCUAUUCGGAUGGAGAUUCUUCAUCGUCGGUCCUUGGAGACCCAUAUGACGAAGAGCUUGUUUACCUACAAAACAUCUUUGCAAACCAUCCGGUUUCUCUUGACAACAUUGGUCUGAACCAAACUUCUGACGAGGUAAACCAGUCUUUAUCAUCUCGGUUCACGAUCAAGAACCCUAACUCGCACAAAAGUGUAUGGACUCAUCAUCAGGAUCAGGCAACGGUUACUGUUCCUGUGUCUACUACUCCGCACCUUGCGUCUGAUGUCUACUUGUCUUACUUAUUGAAUGGUACGGCGUCGUCCUACUCCAACCCGCAUUUUCCGUCUUCCUCAUCUUCCACGUCAUCGACAACAGUGGAGCAGGGAGGCCAUAGCGAGAUGCUUGUCCCUAAUGCUAACUCUACAGGCGAAAGAAGAGAGAUGGAUCUGAUGGAGAUGCUAUCUGGUUCUAUUCAAGGUAGCAACAAAUGUUUCCCACUGUUCUAG